UGUCGCUGACGUUGUGCGGUUGUGUGCUUCUUGAAUAAGAUCGCACAACCACUCACACUUUUUUUGUGAAUAAAAAUACCAACAAAAAUACAUAAAAAAAUAUUAAAAAAAUAAAAAACACCCCAAAAAAAUCGUAAAACAGUCGAAAAAGAAAAGAGGAAACCCCGUGCUCUCCGCGAACCACCUUCCGUCUAUCGCAACUGAAAGGAAGUUUUCAUUUCACAAAAAAGUCUUGCAAAAGUGACCGCCAAUUGAAGCGAAACUCGAUCGUCGUUCUGUGCGCGCGUGCAUCUGAUAUACAAAAGAUAAAACCGAAAGUUUCAUCGGUUAGUUUCCUUGCACUUCAGAAGCUCUACAUCGCGCUUGGUUUUCUGCUCUUUAGCCACGCCAACCAUCAUCGUUAGCACGAGAGCCAGAAAGGAAGUUUUUGCUGCUUUCUCCCGGUGGCAGUUUCUAAGAAACCGCGUGAAAAUUUAACGAAAGCAGCGCCGCCUCUUAGGAAGUGGAAGUGAAAGUUCGCGAGACUACGUCGACAACCCAGCUAUCGCCAGCAGCCUAUUUGCAGCCCGCUAUAUCCAGCGCGCGACAUCCACGUGAGGAAGCCGAAGAAAAUGAAUCCCGGAGGACCGAACUACCAGAUGGCAUCGCUGUACGUUGGCGAUCUGCACUCGGACAUCACCGAGGCGACGCUGUUCGAGAAGUUCUCAUCGGCUGGACCGGUGCUCUCCAUCCGCGUGUGCCGUGAUCUGAUCACCCGCCGUUCCCUGGGCUACGCGUACGUCAACUUUCAGCAGCCCGCUGAUGCUGAACGCGCUCUGGAUACUAUGAACUUCGACCCAAUCAAGGGCCGCCCGAUUCGCAUCAUGUGGUCGCAGCGCGAUCCAUCGCUGCGUAAAUCUGGCGUCGGCAACGUGUUCAUUAAGAACCUCGAUAAGAAGAUUGAUAACAAGGCAAUGUACGAUACGUUUUCGGCGUUUGGCAACAUCCUCAGCUGCAAGGUUGCGCAAGACGACAAGGGGCAGAGCAAGGGCUAUGGCUUUGUGCACUUUGAAACAGAAGAAUCGGCCAAUACUUCGAUCGACAAGGUAAACGGAAUGUUGCUGAACGAGAAGAAGGUGUUCGUGGGACGGUUCAUCUCUCGCAAGGAGCGCGAGAAGGAGCUGGGCGAAAAGGCGAAGCUGUUCACAAACGUCUAUGUGAAGAACUUUGGCGAGGACCUGACGGAGGAAGCCCUCCGCGAUAUGUUCGAAAAGUAUGGCCCGAUCACAAGCCACCGCGUAAUGAUGAAAGACGGUAAGAGCCGUGGAUUCGGUUUUGUGGCAUUCGAAAAUCCGGAAGCUGCCGAGCGGGCGGUGCAGGAAUUGAACGCAAAGGAACUGUCGGAUGGCAAAGUAUUGUACGUAGGCCGCGCACAGAAGAAGAAUGAGCGCCAAAUGGAGCUGAAGCGUCGCUUCGAGCAGUUGAAGCUGGAGCGUUUGACGCGCUACCAUGGCGUCAAUCUGUAUGUAAAGAAUCUGGAUGACACUAUCGACGACGAACGCCUGCGUAAGGAGUUCGCUCCAUAUGGCACCAUCACGUCGGCGAAGGUGAUGUUGGACGAGGGUCGCUCGAAGGGUUUCGGUUUCGUGUGCUUCUCGGCACCGGACGAAGCGACGAAAGCGGUCACAGAGAUGAACGGCCGCAUUGUCGGCAGCAAGCCACUGUACGUUGCAUUGGCUCAACGCAAGGAAGAGCGCAAGUCGCACCUGGCCAGCCAAUACAUUCAGCGUGUCAACAGUCUGCGCAUGCAGCAUAUCGGCCAGGUGUACCAGCAGAGUGGCAGCUACUUUAUGCCAACUAUCGCUCAGCCGCAACGCUUCUAUGGGCCGCAGGUGGCACAAGUGCGCACCGCACCGCGCUGGUCCGCCAAUGCGCCGAUUCGUCCAAAUGCCGCCAAUCAAAGCGUGGCGGCCAAUGCGCCUGCCGGAGGUUACCCUACGAUGACCGCUUCGGCAGCCCAUGCCGCCAACAACCAGUACCGCCAGGCGGGUAAUGUUCGUAGCGCCAACCAGCAGGCUCCGAAUGCUCAGUCUGCUCAGGCCACUUCGGCAGCUAUGCGCAACUCGGCACGGCCAAUCACUGGCCAACAGGCUGGCGCCAACAUGCAAACCCGUCCGGCUGCCCCGCAGCUGGCCGCCUCACAGGCACGACCGCAGAACUAUAAGUACACACCGAACAUGCGCAACCCACAGGUUCCGCAGCAGGUCCCGAUGCCGCCACAGCAAGUUAGCCAACAGGCUGUCAUCGUUAAAGGACAAGAGCCACUUACGGCUUCGAUGCUUGCCGCUGCUCUUCCGGCCGAGCAAAAGAACAUGCUUGGUGAGCGACUGUUCCCGCUGAUCGAAGCCAUGUAUCCGGCGCUGACGGGCAAAAUUACUGGCAUGUUGCUCGAGAUCGACAAUUCUGAGUUGCUCCACAUGUUAGAGCACCAUGAGUCGCUGAAGGCCAAGGUUGAGGAAGCCGUCGCUGUGCUGCAUGCACACCAGGCCAAAACGCAGUCCAACUAAGUUUUGCAAGCUUAAUGAAACCCUUCUCUCGUCGCAAACGUACUAUUUCCGCCGCUCUCCCGAUAUCGCCAAAACAAGUGUAGUUUCUGUUUUUGUCAUUUCGAAUCUACGUCGUGGAAUUGUUGGGGAAAGAUAACGGCCUCUGAUUCACACGUUAGUGAGCUACUUUCUAAAUGUUGAACCACUUCAUUUGCUGCUCGGAAAACUAUCAAUAAUGGUCAUCCAUCCGGUUAUUGAUGAUUGCUGAUCGCUGAUCGCUCAAAUAUUGGAAUCCGAUUUUCCUGGUGGCCGCUACAGUACCAUUGACAGAAACGACAUUAAUUCCUUUAGAUUAUUGAUUUCAUUGUCCUCAAAGAAGAGGCUCCUCAAAUAUCCCCACAAUGGCGCAUGAAUUUUUGGGUGGUCCGGCGGAUUCACAAUUAUAUCAUCAAAAUAUUUUCAACUAUUCACAAAAUAAUAUUGAAUAAAACCCCCGUUUUGUUUUUUGUAGCGCGAGAGAGGGUUACAUUACGAUUUCUAAUGCUUAUGCGGCGCGCUCUUCUUCCCGCACGCACUAAGCAUAAUCAACAUAAUAUCUAUCAAAUAUUAUAUACAUUGAAGAAGAAAAAUCUAAAUAAUAUAACGAUAAAAAGCUACAAAAAAAUGGAAAACAAUUAUAAAAUCGCAAUUGAUGCAAAAAUGUAACAUUAAAAAAGAUCGUAAAACUGGCAGGAAAGAUUCCUCUCUUUCUAGCAUUGAAAAUGGAAGUAUGUGGCCGAAGAGACAAACUGAAAUGCUACGCAAAAAAGAACAGCACAAGAAAAUUUACGAAAAUCGCAAAAACAAAGCAAAAUAAGGAGAAAACCCCUGUUUGAUGGUCUACGAAAGCGCCUUCGAUGGAUGAACCAUUUGUAAUCGUUUGAUAAUUUGCCUAGGGCGAUCUAUUAUGGGACAUUAUUAUGUAGUAACCCAGAAAGCGUACCACUUGAUCGAACAUACAAGUAUGAAUGCUCAAUCUAUAACGAAGGAAAGCCACAAAAUCAAGGUUUUGGCAAGUGUAUGCUGUUUAUACGUAGGUAGGAAAGAACACCCGCAAAAAUGUGUGAAUUUCGUUGCAAACCAAUUUGGAGCAAACAAAAAUCAUUCAAGAAACAAAAAAACAACAAAACAAAAGAUCCUAUUUCAAUGAGAUACAACAGAGCAACCGAUGCGACAGUCUGAACAUAUAAAAGAAAUAAAAGUAAAAAUCUUAAAAAUAACAAAAAAAGUGAAAAUACCCAUGAAAACAAAAAACAGAAAAACGGAUGUAAUGAGAAGCAGGAAGAGAAGAUGAUUGGAGGGGAUUUGCGGCAAGUUGAGCACACAUAACGUGGAAUAGCUAGCAAUUGGCUUCGAUUGCAACUCUUUCCCGGUGGUGCAUCACCAAAAAUCGCGCGGAACACGGUAGAAUGAGUAAGAGAGGAACACGCUAUUGCUUCGAAAGAAGGCGGAAGAUGAGGAGAUCACAUUUGAACUGCCGCAAGUUGUCCUGUGAAAGGAAAACACAACAAUGGCAAAAGAAAAUGAAAUAACACAACAAAAAAACUGAAAAAUCUGCAACUGAAAAUUAGACAAACAAAAAGACGAAACACAAGAGACCAGGCGGCGAGAGAGGCAGGGAAAAAUAUGAGUAAGGCAUUAAAAGAGACGGGACACUGAGAGGGGAGGAACCACUUUGAAUGGGGAUUCGAGUGCAGUCGAAAGAGAAGCACGAUCCUCCUCACUUCUGGCCGAAAUUAAGCAAUUUUCGUGUUCCGGGUGAAAACAAACACCUUUCUUUGGUUUUUCCUUUGCAUGUUUCGUCGUCGUGAUUGUGUGUAAACAUUCACUGUCGUCAUUAGCAUUCUGAGAACUAGCUUUUUCGUGUUUAGAAAUGCUACACAACGUUUGGAAGGGCGCGCAAUAAGUUAUUGAUUGCUAGCGAAGUAGAGGAACGAACGUGUGUAUGAUGAUCCCUUACGGAGCAACAGGUUGCAGAACCUUCAUCUACACUAGUUGGACCCAUGGCCCAUGAUCAAUUUGUGAUCUAAUUUUUGUUUAGUUUGUUUUUGUUCUGUUGCACGCGCUUUAAUAACAGAUAAAUUAAAGAUUUCAAAAAGAUUUGUUCAGGUUUUUACGUGAAACCCCGCGCUGCCGGUAGUGUAGCUUCUUUUGAAGUCGAUUUGUUUUGUGUUCCGUCAGUAGAACUUGCGAAAGAUUCUGCGAAACGGAUACUUCUUUUACCAUCGGAAGAAAUGUUUUUCGGGGUCUAAAGAACACGACAAGCCUUUAGUGUGUCAUAUACAUCGACAAUCUUAGGCGAGCAGUUCUUGAGGAGAUAUUGAUGGUAGUAACAGCUUUGGGCAGACGGUUAGCAGAAAGGGAAUAUAGAACGGGCAUCGUGAUUUCUGCGAUUCUACAAAGAACAGAAAAACCGCAGUGAGAAUGAUUUUAAACAUCAUAAAACGAGAGUAGUUCUCUUUAUCCGUAAUGGAUUUUCGUCCCACAAUGAGUUCAGCAAGUGUCUGUAUCUAUGGUUAGUGGAGAAGAGGAUGUGUCAAGGGCCAACAUUUUUACCGCUACCGCAUUUUGCAGUUUGUGUUCGCAAAAAUGAUGGGAAGAAGAAACCUCCAUAAGAAGCUACAUAGAUACAACCUCAGUUCCCACUAAUCUUAUCCUUACUGACUAUGAAGACACCAUCACGAUAACGAUACGGUGUGCGAAAAAGGGAGGAAGAAUGAUAUUUGUUUCAAAACGGCCCCACCGGUAGGAACCCCCAUUGCAACAUUUCAGUCAGUUGCAACCCAUUUCAGUCAGUUUUAAACAACUACGGGGCUGCAUAGAUUCAUAGGCGGAACAUUUGAGAUUUGAGAUACCCUCUCGAGUCGAUCUUUAGGAGCAGAUCAGAUACGAGGAUGAUGCUAGUAGCUUGAACUCUCGAAAAUUGGAUAAUGGUGAGAACGGGGAGCGGUACGGAUGGUGGUAAGAUUUUGUUCUGCAUACUAGAAAACAUCUAAAUGAAACUUUGUUCACCAACCUUUCCCGGCUCACUCUCUCGUUCUCUCCUCUGAAAUCACAUUGAAGCACUUCAAAACAUUUUGCAGUAUGUGGUCAAUAAGGCGAAGGGGAGGUUGGAGCACAUGAGUACGCAAAACGCUAUCCUCGGUGCAACGGCGACUACGGUGAAUCCGUAGGAAAACAUGCGUAUCUCCACUAAUUGGAGAUGAAAAAACGUUAGUAUUGGCCAGGGUUUUCGACCAUCAAAGAAUGCUUUCAGUUCAAUAAAUCAGUUACAGGAUUUUGGGUCAUCCUUAUGGUGUAUAAAAGAAAUUUUCAAAAUACAUGUUUCAAUUUCAAUAAACCGAUUUUACGUUUACU